AUGAUUAGAGAUCGAUUCUCAUACAAAGACACAUUAGAAGGUUUUAUUAAUAUUUUAUACCAUAAUUCAAAUCAAUUAAAGCACAAACCAGAAUUAGUAUUAUUUGAUUUUAAUAGUCGUAUUCCGGUACAAAUUCCUUCACCGUACAAUAAUAUGUCUCAAUAUCCUAAUAUUAAAUUGAUUCGGUUUGAAUGUGUAAUUCCUUGUAUUCCUGAACAUGAAACAUGUGAUUUAUGUCCUUAUCCGUAUCUUUAUUUUAAUUAUUGGGUUGCAUUCGCUUUAUCUGUAUGUCAUCUUACAUACGAUCGAAUUAUAUACUUUGAAAAUGAUUUGUAUCCAAAUAACCUUUUUAAUUUUUAUGAUUAUAUAGGCCCAGAAAGUUGGACAUUUCGAUCCUAUGACAAAUAUUAUACUUAUAGUUUUUCAACAUCUCUUAGGACUUUAAUUGAAUUCUUAUAUGUGUUACCUGAUUUUCUAGUUGAAGAUCCAGAUUCUUCUUUAAGUGCUGAUCAAGUUUUUAUAUAUUAUACGAAUCUUACAAGAUGUCCAGAAUAUCUUACUCAUCUUGAACAUGAAGGAGGAAUGAAGGAUAUGGAUCCUCCUAAAUCACGUGUACGAGUUCAAUGGCGAUUGUAUUUAUAUUUACAACGAUAUGGUAAUCCUGGUGGAGGAAAUAUUCGAAGAGGUGGUAUUGGAGGAAAUAAUCAAGAAUAUUAUUGUAACGAUAAACGUAUUACUUGCAAUGUAUUCUUUCGCAAAUUUACAAGCUUUUGGGGUAUAUAUCAUAUCAUCGAUAUGGUACUUCAAUCGGACAUAUUAUGGUUUUUUGUUUUUUUCUCAUUUAAUCGGCCGAAAACAGCAUUGGAUUUCGUUUUAAACGUACCAAACGGUUAUUUUCGAUAUGUACAAGGUGGACGAAGAGAAAAUAGUGCCGAAAGACGAAUGUGA